AUGAAUAAAUUGUCUAUACCUGACAGCAUCACUGGUUACUCUAUUAAUUACCAAAAUGUCCUCAAGGAUAGAAUCUCAUACCCUGAUGUUACCUUCAUGGACUGGGAGUUCAAAAUAUCCGUUAUGUAUGACAUUGUAAAGGGCAUGUCCUACCUGCAUUCCAACAAGGGAGAGGUCCAUGGCCGCCUAAAGUCCACAAAUUGUGUGGUAGACAGUCGAAUGGUAGUGAAGAUCACUGACUAUGGAUGCAAUGCUAUAUUGUCACCCACAAAGGAUCUGUGGACAGCUCCAGAGCAUCUUCGUAAGGAGGGAGUGUCACAAAAAGGAGAUGUGUACAGUUUUGGCAUCAUCUGCCAGGAAAUUAUCCUGAGGAAAGGUACAUUUUACAUGGAACACCAUAUGCAGCCAGAAGAGAAACUUUUAAGAGUGCAGCACAUAUUGGACCAGCCAUUUCGACCCUGUCUCCCUUUGGAACUUGCAAAUGAAGGAGAAAUAGAGGUAUUUUUGCUGGUGAAAAACUGCUGGGAGGAAGAUCAAGAAAGAAGACCAGACUUCAAGAAAAUUGAAAACAUACUUGGAAAGAUAUUCAGCAAUUUCCACAAUCAGACAACAGAGAACUACAUGGACAUUUUAAUCCGGCGAUUGCAGUUGUACUCCAAGAAUCUGGAAUAUCUAGUUGAGGAAAGAACCUCACUUUACAAAGCUGAAAGAGACAGGGCAGAUCGUCUGAACUUUAUGCUGUUGCCUGAGUGA